AUGGCCCCGAUCCGAAUCCCAUCAGGAACCUACACCACCAAUCCCGCCUCCUCCGCCUCCGCUGGCGCAUCCACCGCCCCACCCAGCUCAGGCUGGGACUACAUCCUUAAAUUUAUCCUAGUCGGCGACUCUUGCGUCGGCAAAUCCUCGCUUCUUGUCCGCUUGACCGACGAUCGGUUCCUAACCAACCCUGACCCUACCAUCGGUGUUGAAUUCGGCUCGCACCUGAUCUCGCUCCCCAGUGGAGAAACUGUAAAGGUGCAAGUCUGGGAUACAGCCGGAUCCGAAUCUUUCCGUUCCAUCACCCGGUCCUACUACAGAGGUGCAGCAGGGGCGGUGUUGGUAUACGAUAUAACGCAUCGGCAGAGUUUUUUGAAUGUGAAAGGAUGGUUGGAUGAUGUAAGGCGAAACGCGGAGGACAAGGUUAGUGUUGUGCUUGUUGGGAAUAUGUAUGACUUGGUGGAAUCCGGAGACACUAGUUCCGCGAUGGGGGAGCAAGAGGAAGCAGGGGAUGGAGGCGUGGGGAGAAAAAGAUUAGAAAGGAGAAGAAGCAAAGGUAAGAGAAGGCAAGUGAGCUAUGAAGAAGCAAAACAGUUCGCUCAACAGGAAGGCUUGCUUUUCUUGGAAGCGAGUGCAAAGACCGGGUAUAAUGUGAAGCAGGCUUUUACUCAGGCUGCUAUGGAUAUCCAUUCAAAGUUUUCGGCGCAAGCGAGUGAUGCAGCAGGCAGUCAAGGUGCGCUUGGAGGGGUAGUAGGGGGGAAGUAUGAUGGAUCGACAUUGGGAAGGAGUAGGAUACGAGCGAGGGCGGGGGGCAGGACAAGUGGAACUGUUGCGUUGCAUCAGCCGAGUCCAACAGCAACGGCGCGAGUCGGAAGCAAUGCUAGCGGCUUCAGUAUUCGCAGUCUUACUGGCGGCGGUAGCACUGCACCGUCUGCAGAAGGAGCGGAGGAGCGACAACAGCAGGGGAAAGAUGCAUGCUGCCUUAUCGCCUGA